AAUUCUAUCACCUAUGAUGAUGUGAAUGUGUACUUCACUCAGGAAGAGUGGGCUUUGCUGGAUCCUUCCCAGAAGAGUCUCUACAAAGAUGUGAUGAUAGAGACCUACAAGCACCUUACAGCCAUAGGCAUCAAGGGGGUAACUAUAAAUAAAAACCCUAUGAAUGUAAUCAGUGUGGGAAAGCCUUUUCACAACACGGAAAUCUCAGAAGGCAUAAAAGAACACAUACUGGAGAGAAGCCCUACAAAUGUAGUCAAUGCGGUAAAGCCUUUUCACAACUGGGUACACUCCAAGUGCAUAAAAGAACACAUACUGGAGAGAAACCCUAUAAAUGUAAUCAGUGUGGUAAAGCCUUUGCUUGUUGUAGUCCUCUCCAGAGACAUGAAAGAAUUCAUACUGGAGAGAAACCCUACGAAUGUAAUCAGUGUGGUAAAGCCUUUACACAAUCCAAUGCUCUCCAAUCUUCAAAGACAUAAAGGAACACAUAAUGGAGAAAUACCCUACGAAUAUAAUCAAAACGCCAUCUAUCAGAGGACUGGGGAAGGUGCACAGGGGGAGAUGGUGAUGGUGUGA